AUGUUGUACUUUAUUCCUGGCUGUCUAUCUGUUAAACAGGUAACGAUGACAAGCUGCACGCAAAAACCUGAUGAAAGCAGAAGUAAACGCAGGAAAGAGCUGGAGGGUGAUGGUACAGAAAGCCUUCAGCUGUCUUCCACUGGCACAUCAGACCCAGCGCUUUCCGAGGGCCUGCAGUCCCUGUACAAACCAGAGCCUCUGGAACAGCUGUUAAACGAAAUGAACAAAGAAAUCAAGAACUUGUUGACAAAGUAUGCCCACAUCCUAAGUGAGAGAGCAGCAAUGGAUGCUUCUUACGUGCAAGAGCUUGAUGGAAUCUUGAAGGAAGCGAGAACCCUAGAAAACCACUUAAAACAGAAAAAAGAGAGUCUGAAACAGAGAUUUACUAUGAUUGCAAAUACUCUGCAAAGCUAAAUGAAGUCUGUUAUAUUGUAGAAAGGUACAACAAAAUGGUUAUAAUAAACUUUAAUACAUAAAGUUUACUAACAA